UAUUCGGUUGUGUUGUCUGACGCUUGAUACGUGGACUGUUGGCGCUAGCAGGAGAGUGGCAGUUAUCAAACGCGACAUGAAGAUGUGGUUGUUUCGGGUAAAAUCAUGACACAUAUCCAAAUAUUUCUCCACAUAGGUAGUCUGACGGACUGUGCUGAGGAUCUAACGAUGCUGCCACCCGUCUGAGAACCCUGUACAAGCUGCAUUAGCUAGUUAGCAUCCACACUAAAGCCACGUAGCUAUCUAGCUAGUUUGUGUCCCGUUGUCAUGGACGAGGACUUUCUGCUCGCCACUCAGCUACAGGAGCAGUUUAACUAUGAAUAUGAGACCUCGUUAUUUUCAUCAAAAGGCUUUGAGGACAGUGGCUUCGGGCAGAGCAGUAAGAAACGGAAAGUGGAGGUAACUGAAGGUGGCAGUGAUGUUGUUCCCUACUGGAAGCCGACUCCUCAGCCCGAGAGGCCGCUGUCCAUCGUUGACGAGUCCUGGGAGAUGCUUGACCCCAGCCCCGAUGUGAGGGCCAUGUUCCUGGAGUUCAACGAUAUGUUCUUCUGGGGGAAACUCAGCGGAGUGGAGGUCAGGUGGAGCCCCAGAAUGACACUGUGUGCUGGUGUGUGUUCGUAUGAGGGCCGAGGUGGUCUGUGUUCAAUCAGACUCAGUGAGCCUCUGUUGAAGCUCAGGCCCCGAAAAGACCUGGUGGAGACCCUCCUCCAUGAAAUGAUUCAUGCACUCCUGUUUGUGACCCAGAACAACCGAGAUAGAGAUGGCCACGGACCAGAGUUCUGCAAACAUAUGCACCGGAUCAACAAGGCCAGUGGGACGAAAAUUACCGUCUAUCACAGCUUCCACGAUGAGGUUGAUGUGUACCGGCAGCACUGGUGGCGCUGCAACGGACCCUGCCAGAGCCGCAAGCCAUACUUUGGCUUUGUGAAGAGGGCUAUGAACCGGGCUCCAUCCUCUCUGGACCCUUGGUGGGAGGAUCACCGGAGGACUUGUGGGGGGACUUAUACCAAGGUGAAGGAGCCUGAAGGUUAUGGCAAAAAAGGCAAAAAGGAUGGCAAGACAAUGGAGAAGAAGGCCUCAGGAAAUGGGAAGCCUUCAAGUACAACUCCAGGAUCUUCUAGAUCUCAGGAUAUAAGGAACGUCAUCCCAUUUAGUGGAAAAGGCUUCGUCCUUGGAGGGAGCUCUCAGAACUCCACGUCUUCCUCUCCAUCUAACAAAGCACUCGUGCCUGUUGUGAGAACACCUUUGUCCAGCCCUCUCUCCUCUCCUAAGAAUUUCUUCACCCCUUCAUCUCCUGCUAAAAGUCUCACCUCUCCUGUUCGCUCUGGCCUGGGUGACUCAACCAGUGGGAUCCCCAGCUCCUCUCCCUCAGUCAGAGCAGCUACUUCCACAGGGAAAAAGCCACCCGUAAAGAGGUCUGUUGGUAACACGAGGGUUUUUGUCAACAUUAACGGCUCACCGGUAAGAAUCCCUAAAUCCCACAGCAGUAGCAGCCAAGGAGCAGAUAAAAUCAAACAGAAGUCCAUUGACGACCUCUUCAACAGCACAAGCCUCAGGAAGUCAGCGACUCAGUCCUCCGUCUCCAACACAGAGACUAAAAGAGACUCACUGAUGUCACCAAAGAGUACCACGACUACCCGUGUAACUUCUUCACCUCCUAGAUCUAAGCCUGGUGUCAAUAUUUCCAACCAUUUUAAGUCCUCAUCUGUAGCUUCCACAGGAUCCCAAAGCAGUGCUGCUAAACCCACACAGUCCACGUAUUUCACUGAUUCUCACAGCAGCAGUACAUCAGGAGCAGCUGGUGGGAGUCAGACAUCGAGGAAGAGGCCGUGGGACGACCGCAGCAGCUCAGCCAGCAUCUUCGACUUCUUCCAGAAGACAUUAAGCAGCGAUUCAGCAGCGUCGAGGGAGUUGAUAAAGACAGAAUCGCCCGCAAUGCAGCAAAGAACUGCGACUACUACGUCCUCCUCCUCCUCUACAUCUCUUCAGUCCUCUGCAGGACUUGACAGUGUCGCCUCCUCGUCCUCAUCCUCCUCCUCUGCGCUGAUGGUCAGCUGUCCUGUGUGCCAAGCUAAAGUGCAGGAGUCUACGAUCAACGAGCAUCUUGAUUCCUGCCUCUCCUGAAUGAGAAUGUUGAAGGAGACGUUUCAGGGAGUUUGCUGUGAUGCAUUGUUAUGGUUCAUCUUCAUGUGGCACCGAAAGUUCUUAACUGUGAGAUUUUAAAUAGUUUGGAAAAUUAUUUCCUUAAUGGUUUGAUACGACAUUGUUAGGUCGAGGCCUCGCUAGUUUUACCAACAGAUUGGUUAUUUUUCAUAAUGGCCAUUGUUAUUUACUGUAAUAAUGAUGGUUCUUUUUCCUACAGUGCCUGCUCAACAGCUUGUGCCUUCGUAUCCCAGACAAAACAGAAGGGUUUUACGGAUACGUAGUUGAAAGGGAAUUUUGCUUGAGUUAAUAAGGUCAUUCCCACCAGAUGUUAACAUUACUGAUGGCUGCUUCUUCAUUCUUAUUUUACAUACUGAUUAAGUAUUUCACUGCAUGGCCUAUUACACUCUUCAGUCUCUUUUACACCAGCUUGAGCUGCGUUAGUAAGCUGUAUUGACAGUAUUGCAGUGGAAACCAUAUUGAUUUCAGAACUGAUCGGUAUGAUGUGAAAACAGAUCAGUCAUGGUUUAAAUGAAGAAGCUGCUGUGUUGUAUGUGGGUUGAGUCUUGGCUGCUGUAAUCUGAUGUAUCUUCCAUCUCAGAUCUGCGUCUGCUGCCCUUCAGACAGCAGGAGACACCGACUGAUCUCUGCUGAUCUGCGGGAAUCGCAUUUCACACUUGCUCGCUAUUUAUUUCUGCACAUCUUCACAUUUACUCUGCACCCAGCUGCAAGGUCAGCCAGUGCAGGGUAUUUGAUCCGACCUUAAUAAUACAGCGAUACUACCAAUGUAAUUCACAUGUCAGAUCCACAGUAAUAGAAUCAGUGAGAGUUUGUGUGCAUUUUUUAUGGUUAUUUUCUGCUUGAAAUAUUUGAGCUGUCUGUCUGUCUGUCUGUCCUUUUAUGUACAUGUUGUCAAGGAGAUUACAGAAUCUGUUCAAGUUUGCAUUGCUAAAUAAAGCAUUAAUAUUAUUCUGAA